GGUUUCUUAACUCAAUUAAAUGUUGUGAUAAAUCGGGUAACCAAAUCUGAAAUAAUUUACAAACCCAUUCUACUCAGACUAAGUUGAGUUUCGUUAUGUCAACAAAAAAAUCUGAUCAGCUGACUACAGUGAUUAGAAGAAAUUAGUAAGGUAGACAUCUGAACCUGUGCGGUCUCCGGCUGAAUCGUAGUCCGCGUAGCUAACCCGCAGCCAGAUUUGGACACCGGGACGGACGGCGUUAGGCUGACCGGGAACUAGAAAGGGAACUCCAAGUGUCCAGCGGAAGCUUUACGAGCUCUCCGGAGCUGAAUCGUGCUCGGCGUAACUCGCCCGCCCGCUGCAAGGUGAAUAGUGACACUCCAAGUGGCCGACGGAAGUUUUCCAAGCGGUCUCCGGCUGAAUCGUAGUCCGCGUAGCUAACCCGCAGCCAGAUUUGGACACCGGGACAGACGGCGUUAGGCUGACCGGGAACUAGAUUGAAAAGGCGAUCUCCAAGUGGCCACCAAUGACGAGUCCGUGGACCGUACGGCGUAGGAAGAGGAAGAUGCGGAGGCUCAAUGAAUAUGACGAAAUUUUUCAAAGUCAUCUCAGCUUAAUUGAAGCUUCAGCGGACUUAACUGAGAGCAUUAAUAUGCCUGCAGAUGGAUUCGAAGAUAUUCCAAUGGGCGAUGCGAGCGGAUACAAAAGCCAACCACAAUGCCAGGAGCCAGGAGAAAUUGAGAACAUUUGCGAACAUCAACCAGAGAAUAGUAAUGAUCCAGUGGAUGAUAGGCCAUCUGUACCACUGAAGUACCGUUUGGCGCACUUUGUUUCGGAGUUUCAGUUAAGUGUCCAAGCGACCGCGUCCCUGCUCGGUAUACUUAGAGAUGAAGGCCUCGAUCUUCCAAUGUGUCGAGCUACGCUACUUGAGACUCCACAAGUACCGAUCGUUCCAAAAAUUGAACCGCCUGGGGAGUACAUGCACUUCGGAAUCCAAAGCUGUCUGUCACGCUUGUCUGAAGAUCCAACGGUUUCUUCAAUGGAGGAGAUCAAAUUGGACAUUAACAUCGAUGGACUUCCGAUUUCCAAGAAUGGAAGAUGUGUUUGGCCUAUUCUGGCAGCGUUCCCAGAUGUGAGGGAAAUAUCUCCGUUCGUAAUCGGAUGCUACUCUGGUGUGAAGGAGCCGUCGGAUUUCGACAGUUUCCUGUCGGAUUUCGUAUCAGAAGUGAACCAACUAACAAGAGAUGGCGUUGAAAUGACACGAGGUGGAAUUACUCGACGGCUGAGUUUUAGCAUCCGGCUAUUCAUCUGCGACCGUCCAGCUACGUGCAAGAUUACCAGCGUGGUUUCACAUGUCAGCAAACAUGGAUGCCCAAAUUGUAACCAGAUUGGACACCGGGUCGGACAGGUAACAGUUUACUCUCCGAUCAAGGGAAGCGCUCGAGACGAUCACUCAUUCCGGACCCGUUUGGACAAAGAUCACCACAAAGCAGAAUCAAUAAGUGGCGUCGAGCGAAUCAGCGGGUUGGAUAUGAUCAAACAAAUUGGUGUUGAUCCCAUGCACGCUUGUCACCUUGGGGUUACCAAGCGAGUCCUGGAGAGUACGGUUGGGAAAGUAAAGAAAGCAGGGUAUGUCGGCACCAGGUUGCGUAAAGUUGGUCGGGAACAAGCAGGACAGUUUUAUUCCAGUUUAAAAUCUUUCAUCCCUUCCGACUUUUCUCGACAGCCAAAGCCGUUUGAAGAACUUCCCAAUUUCAAAGCAACGGAGUUUCGUCUUUUCGAUUCCUACGUUGGUCCUCUCGUGACAAAAAAAUUCUUCUCCGCUCAGCAACAUCUGCACUUUUUGCAUUAUUAUUGUGCUUUAAGACUACUUUCAAUGCCGGUUCCGACGGUAGACCAAAUCGAAACUGCUAAAACGCUCUUGGGCACAUUUGUCGAGAAUUUCCAAAGCCACUACGGGGAGAACAGUUUGACACACAAUGUACAUAUGCUCCUACACCUGCCUGAGUACGUAGAAAUGUACGGAAAUCUCCCGUCAAUCAGCGCCUUCAAGUACGAGAACUUCAUGCAGCAGAUUAAACGAUACAUAACGAGUAAAAAACACCAAGUCCUGCAGCAGCUUCACAAGCGUCUUACAGAGCAGCAUCAAAUCGCAAAGAGGAGCUGGUCUAAGAGGGAAUUAACUGAUAAAUUUAAACUGAAAAAAAACCUUCUUGGAUGUGGAUUUGCGUACCGCACGUGUACCUUCGAAGAAACAAUUACUAUUAGAGCAAAUAGUAAAGAUGAUUGUAUUUCGAUAAACGGAUUGCCCAGCAAAGUGCUUGGUUUCGCCGAACUGGAUGGAAGAAAAGGAGCCAUCAUCAAAGAAUUUGCCAACACAACGCCAUUGUUUCUGGACCCAAUUGACUCAACAAAAAUCGGUGUGUGUUAUGCUGAAACAAUUACUGAAGAACUAAAAUUUGUAGAGCUUGACUCAGUGUUCCAAAAGGCAAUGAAAAUUCCAUUUGAUAGUGGUUUCGUUAUUAUUUCGUUGUUACACCUUGGAUUUGAUUAAAAUUGAUUAAAAAAACUAUAUAUAUAUAUCUUUUAUCCUAUCUUCAAUUACGCUUUGGGA